AAAAUGGCUUUCCAUGUGGAAGGACUGAUAGCUAUCAUCCUGUUCUACCUUCUAAUAUUGGCUGUUGGAAUAUGGGCUGCCUGGAAAACCAAAAACAGUGGCAGCGCAGAGGAGCGCAGGGAGGCCAUCAUAGUUGGUGGCCGAGACAUUGGCCUGCUGGUGGGCGGCUUCACCAUGACAGCCACCUGGGUUGGAGGAGGUUACAUCAAUGGGACAGCUGAAGCAGUGUAUGUACCAGAUUACGGUCUAGCUUGGGCUCAGGCACCAAUUGGAUAUUCUCUCAGUCUGAUUUUAGGUGGUCUGUUUUUUGCAAAACCUAUGCGAUCCAGGGGCUAUGUGACCAUGUUAGACCCAUUUCAGCAGAUCUAUGGCAAACGCAUGGGCGGCCUCCUAUUUAUUCCUGCACUAAUGGGAGAAAUGUUCUGGGCAGCAGCCAUCUUCUCCGCCUUAGGAGCCACUAUCAGUGUGAUUAUUGACGUCGAUGUACAUGCUUCUGUCAUUGUUUCUGCAUUCAUUGCCAUUCUGUACACCCUGGUGGGUGGUCUCUAUUCUGUGGCCUACACAGACGUUGUACAGCUCUUUUGUAUUUUCAUAGGACUGUGGAUCAGCGUCCCUUUCGCACUGUCACAUCCUGCAGUUACGGACAUUGGGUUUACGUCUACACAUGCCAAAUACCAGGCUCCUUGGCUGGGCACCAUUGAAUCAUUUGAAGUCUACACUUGGCUUGACAGUUUUCUGUUGUUGAUGUUGGGUGGAAUCCCAUGGCAAGCCUACUUCCAGAGAGUCCUCUCUUCAUCCUCAGCCACCUACGCUCAGGUGCUAUCCUUCCUGGCAGCUUUUGGAUGCCUGGUGAUGGCUAUACCAUCUAUACUCAUCGGGGCCAUUGGAGCAUCAACAGACUGGAACCAGACUGCAUAUGGGAUGCCAGAUCCCAAAAGCAAUGAAGAAGCAGACAUGAUUUUACCGAUUGUUCUGCAGUAUCUCUGCCCUGUGUACAUUUCUUUCUUCGGUCUUGGUGCAGUUUCUGCUGCUGUUAUGUCAUCAGCAGAUUCUUCUAUCUUGUCAGCAAGUUCAAUGUUUGCUCGAAACAUCUAUCAGCUUUCAUUCAGACAAAAUGCAUCAGACAGGGAAAUCGUGUGGGUCAUGCGAAUCACAGUGUUUGUGUUUGGAGCUUCUGCAACAGCUAUGGCACUGCUCACAAAGACCGUUUACGGGCUCUGGUACCUCAGCUCAGACCUCGUUUACAUCAUCAUCUUCCCGCAGCUCCUCUGUGUGCUCUUCGUCAAGGGAACCAACACGUAUGGAGCCGCCGCAGGUUAUGUUUCUGGCCUCUUCCUGAGAAUAACUGGCGGGGAGCCAUAUCUGUACCUGCAGCCCUUGUUCUUUUACCCCGGCUAUUACUCUGAUAAGAAUGGCAUAUACAAUCAGAGGUUCCCCUUUAAAACUCUGGCCAUGAUGACCUCAUUCUUAACCAACAUUGGCAUUUCUUAUCUAGCCAAAUACCUAUUUGAAAGCGGAACCUUGCCACCAAAAUUAGAUGUGUUCGAUGCUGUUGUUGCAAGGCACAGUGAAGAAAACAUGGAUAAGACCAUUCUGGUCAAAAAUGAAAAUAUUAAAUUAGAUGAACUUACACCUGUGAAGCCCCGACAGAGCAUAACUCGCAGCUCAACUUUCACCAAUAAGGAGGCCUUCCUUCAAAUGGAUUCCAGUCCCGAAGGGUCUGGGGCUGAGGAUAAUUUACAAUAGCCCAUCUAAACAAAACACUGCUUUCUCAGACUUAUGUAGCAGGCUAGUGCUGGAGGGAUGGUGUGCAGCAUGUAAAAUAUAUUUAAAAAUAACAUCCAGGAAGACAAAAAAAUCCAUAUAAAAGUGCACCUGUACAAGCGCAGGCCAUGCUAGGAGGAGUACCUAUGAAAGCAUCAGCUUUGUUUCUCAUUGCUGUUUCUCAGUCCCACUUGGUUUUGUCUCUGGAUAGUUUUCCUAGUAAUAAGUAAAGCCCCACUCAAAGAACAGAGGGCCAAACGGAGUAUCUUUAUUAUGAAAAAAUGAAGUAUAAAUGAAGGAACCAAGGCAAUUAGGUCAUUUGAUCCAGACCUUGUCUGCUAACACACUGGUGAAUGUAGUUUAAUCACCUUCCAGAAGCUAUGAGCAUGACGCACUGUUACACCAAUGAAUGGUGCAACGAAUGAGCCAGCUUAUUUUCUUGAUGGAUGACGCAUCCCUUAACUUGUGUUCUUAACUAUAGCACAUGUUGAAUAUGCAAUUUGUUUUUCUGUUGGUAGUGGCAUGUAUUACUCUGAGCAUAGGCAAAGCAAACACAAAACAUUUUAUGGUGAUUUUUUUAUGUGCAGGGUGAUAGGAAAAUAGAAUCCAUUUGCGUGGAGGAGCACUGGCUUUUUGAGUGUGUCCCCAGCCACUGUAUGCGCUGAGGAGAGUACCUGGGGCAAGGAAGACAUGGGUAGUGGGCAACCUUAAAGCCAUAAACACAAAGGUCGUUAAGAAGAAGUAACAGGAAAAACAGUGGAUUUUUAUCUUCAUUUUAAGUUUAUAAAGUUCUGAUUCAUGAUUAAAGAAGUAAUGUCUGGACUUGGAAGUGAAUGUGAGCCAUGUGUAAGGUGAGGUAGCUCCAUAGCACCAAUUAAGGCUAAUGAGAGACAAACUGCAAGUCCUGGCAGGAGUAAAACUAGAAAAAUAAA